GCUUCAAGCCGAAGGGUGAGGCCGAUGAGGCAGAGGAGGACGAGGAGGAGGUGGUUGAUGCAUGGAAGGGCGUUGCUCCCAUCGAUCGCGUCAAGGCUGAGCGGCCGGAUCUUUUCAAGAAUGGGCCGCUAAAGAAGCCAGUCGUCAUCGGCAAGAACUGGGAGCGACAGGCCGCCUGCGCAGACUGCAAAUUCGAGCCCAUGAAUGGCUGGGGCAACAUGUACUGCUCAAGGUGUGGCCAUGCAGAUGCCAUGGUGCGUGCUUGCUUAGCCAACAACAAGCACUACGAUUUGCACAAGCUGCCCACGCUGGACAAGAUCAUUUGUCUGCUAGGCACGAACAUGACUCCUCCUGGGCCGCAGCACGUUCGGCAGCCAGAAACCUACGACAGAUCGGGGGACUCGCCUGAGAGAAGGGCCUCACGCGGAUCUGGGGGAAUCGGCGGCGGGAAGUGA